AUGAUUGCCCGUGGUUUCAUGCACUCGAACAAGGCUGCUCGUGCCGUGCGUGUCGCUGGCCAGCAGGUGCGCUUCAACUCGAACCUGCCGAUUCCCCCCAAGAUCGCCACGCCCAAGAGUGUGCAGGGCGAGAACGCGGCGAACACGGAGGCCGUGGUCAACUUCUACAAGGCACUGCCGAAGGGUGCGGAGCCUGAGAGGCGCCCCUCGGGCUUCAAGGCCAAGUACUUUGACGGCAAGCAUGCCAGUGCCAAGCCCCUUGUGUGGACGAUCGCUGGCCUGAUGCUGUUUGGCUACACGCUGGAAUACAACGGUCAUCUGAAGUACCACAAGAAUGCGCACCACUAG